AUGGACGCCAGAGAUUUAGUGGGAACGUCGCUACUUUAUUCCCAUGAGGACAUGCCGCGUAUUGUUGACUUAUUCGCCGCACAUGUAAUCUUCUUCAAAGCCACUGGACAAAUCCCAUUCAAUGUAGGCUGUGGACUGGGCUAUAUCUACUGCUGCUUCUUCGUUAUGCAAUCCGUCCACAUGGCUGUGCUUUUCUGGAAGACCUCCUACGAUAUGUUGCUAAGCGGCAAACUAGAAGAGAUCACCGACGCACUCACCAUGACCAUCAUAUUUUCGUUUAGCGCUUAUGCGGCCUUUUACUGGUUGCUACGUUGGGAACGUCUUUUGGCUUUUUUGCAGCGCAUCAAUCAAUAUUAUUGGCAUCACUCGUUGUCCGGCUUGAGCUUUGUGAGCGCGUAUCGCCCUUUUAUUUUGGCUAAACGUAUUACUAUUGUGUGGGUGCUGACCUGCGUGGCCAGUACGGCGCUGUUCGGUUUACCUCCACUGAUCAUGGGUGUGCGGGCGCUACCACUGAAGUGCUGGUAUCCCUUUGAUCCGUUGCAACCUUAUGUCUACGAGCUGGUGUAUGCUAUACAAUUUACAGCUCAGUUAAUAAUGGGCGCCACUCUGAGUAAUGGCUCCGCUUUGUACGUUUCAUUGGUUAUACUCAUGUGUGGACAGUUCGAUGUGCUUUACUGCAGUUUGAAGAACUUGAGUUACUAUGGUCGUUUGCGCGCCUGCUGUGAUGUGGAGAAAUUGCGCAAAGAACAAGCUGCCCUGCCAAAACCUUCCGACGACGAACUGAAUCAGUAUAUGUAUUGCGAAGAACACUUAACCAACCUCUCGACACUUCAACAUUUAUACACCCAAAAGCCGGCAGCGACGUUACCGGAAGCCCUGCAUUUGGCUGUAGUGCAGUGUGUGCAAUUUCAUAGUUUUAUCCUGGACGUCUGCAAGGAGAUGGAGGAACUUUUUAAUCCUUUUUGCCUUGUUAAAUCGAUACAAGUUACUUUCCAGCUUUGUUUAUUGGUCUUCAUUGGCGUUGUGGGCGAACGUUCUUUAGUGCGCAUUUUGAAUUUGGUCCAAUAUGUGACCCUUACAUUUAUCGAGUUGUUGAUAUUCACUUACUUUGGUGAGUUGUUGCGCGGACAUAGUGUGCGAAGUGGUGAGGCGUUUUGGCGUUCGCAGUGGUGGACUCACACCGCUCCCAUACGUCAGGAUAUACUCAUUUUAUUGGCGAAUAGUAAGCGUGCAGUUCGUUUGACGGCGGGUAAAUUCUAUGCCAUGGAUGUGGAGAGACUGCGGUCGGUGGUCACUCAAGCAUUUUCCUUUUUGACACUGCUACAGAAGUUAGCGGCUAAAAAUCCGAAAUGA